AAAGGUUAAAAUAAAAAAUGGAGGGUUCAUAUUAAUAAUAUUAUAAGUUAUAAUACUCUACAAAGUAAUAUAUAAUGCAAUGGAAUCUAUCAGGCCUUUUAAAAAUGAAUAUAAUUUUAAUUCAUUUUAUUUGAGUCAAGUCUUGACCACCUUGGUUUAAUUUCAACUAGACUUUGAGUUUGACUUAGAGAUGCGGGCCUAGCCUAACUAAAAUUUUUAGACUAAAACUUACUAAAAUCGAAUCGACCAAGGACCAAUAUCAAUAAUGUUGAAUGACUGAUGGCAAGGGCCGAUCAAUGACUGAUUCAGAUUCAUGAUAAUCACAUGAAAUGAUUAAAAUAAUAGUAAUAUCAAUUAUUUAUCAUGUAAAUAAUUACGAAAAUAUUCUAUAAUUUAUUAUAUUUUAUUAUAUUAAUUAUAUUAUAACUAAAAUAAUAAAUUAUAAUAAUUAAUAAUUAUAAUAAUAUUAUUAAUAUGAAAAUGACUAACUAAAUGAUAAUGAUUUAAAUAAUAUGGAUAUUGUAUUGAGAAUAAUAAUUAUGUUAUUGAGAUUACUAGAGCAGGGCUAAAUCUGGUGCAUUUUACUACUUUUUUUUUACACCAGAACCAGGUAAUCUGAGUCUGAGUCUGAGAAAAAUACUGUGGGUACAAGUCCAAGUGUUACAAAAGAAAGAGUUAACUUCUCAUUUUGAGUUCUCAUUUUCUACAAUUAAUAAUAUGCAAAAAAAUCUACUACUCUAUGUCAUAGUGAGAGUGCAUUGCCAGCCUUUAUCACCAACUGUUAUGAUAUACUAUCAAAAAAUAACCCUUUGAGUUUGAGACUGAUGGGAUCAGUCAGUUGCCGGAUGCCGGAAUUUUAAUAGAGAUGGCAUGCAACAACCCUUCGACAGAGAAAAUACUGUCAUUCCUUUAUGUGAAUAUGAAAAAACAGUGACAUUUAAAAAAAAAAAAAAUCCUUUCUAAAGAAAUAUUCAGCAUAUAAAACAUAUUUACCUGAGUUCAGACGUUACGCAUGAAGCUCGCUGUGUGACAGAGGAACACGAACAAUAACAGCACCAAAUAUAGUUGCCUCUCCCUUAAAAAAAAAAAUGAAGCUAUUUACCUGGGUUCAGAAAUCAUGUAUGACAGCCUUUUUUUUCUCUUUGUACUAUUAAUAUAACAUAUGGAGAAAAAAAAAAGGGGGGGGGGUGUUUGAAGAGGAUGCAAGUCAAACCAGAAGCAAAAUAUAUACCCGUACCGGGUAUAAGAAAUUACUGGUAUCUUCCUCUUUAAUGAUUUUUACCACUUAACCUGAAUCUAGACCUAGGCCUUUAUAAUUAAUAAAUUAAUAAUAAAAUAGGCCAACUCACUUCACAAUAGCCACAAAAUGUUGUGAGUGUGUCACAGUAACGGCUUAUAAACAUUCAAGAUUAGAGGAGUGAGCUCAACAUUCUCAAAAUAUUCAAAAUGUAAAAGUUUAAGCCUAGGCAUUGGGGUGCAUCUGUCCAUGAUAAUAAAUAAUAUGGGGUAAUAAUGAGAAUGCUACAAAAUGACAAGGAAUUUCAUAAAAAUUGAUCCAAAAGUUAAAAGUGAAAUACACUCUUUAUAUUCAUAUUCAUAUAAAAAUUGGCAGACGAAGUAAGCAAAUCAAAUGAAGGAGAACAAUUUGCAGGAGGGACAAAAAAAACAAUAAAAUAUAAAUUGUAGAUUGUAGGAUACCUUUAAAAAAAAUGCUGGUACUGGUAGAGAUGUUUAAUGAUGUGGUGCAUGCAUAUUGAUUACUUUUAUAGCGCUUGUAUCCAUGCUAUUUUAUUAUCAUGGGUGCCCUUCUCCUUUAAUUAAAGCUUAACAUUAUUGGUACCCGGUACCUAUUUAUAAUGCAUCACUUUUUUUUCUAGAAAUAUUUAAACUUAACUGAGAAUUUUUUAUUUAAAAUGAAGUACUGGUAUAUGAAUUUAUAUUUAUUCUUAAUGUUCUUGUUUACUUUUUUUUUUUUUUAAUUAAGACUUAGAACUAGAAGAACAUUGCAAGAAUGAACACAAAAAGAAAUGAAAAUUAUGAUUCUAAAGACAAAUGCAAACCUGAGACUCCAGUCAUUGCGGUAAUAUUAAUAGCCAAAAUACUCCUAGUCUGAAAAUUUUUCUCUACUUAUUUAUGUUGUCUGUAACAAUAGAAACAGUUACUUUUGUAUUGUAAAUAAAGAGUUUAAAAAAUGUAGAAUUGUAUUAAUUGAAUGUCACCAUUUUGAAAAGUCAACUCUAUGAAAAUUAAGAAUUCUUUACAAAAGAUUGAGCUAAUGUUAACCAAUCUACUUUGAACAUUGUAUUUUUUAUUUAUAUAUUAUAUAUAUAUUUUUUUACAUAGAUGAGUUCUGCUUUAAAGGAUAGACUGAAAAAAUGUGGUCGUUAUCACUCUAGUUCUCCAACAAUUAAAAAAAUAAUUCAAGAAAAUGACCCCCUACAUACAGAUAAAGCAAGAAAUACUCCUUGUGAUACCAAAAGGAAAUGUGUGAAUCCUAUAGGAGGCAGUGAAGAUGAUUUUAUAAAAAGGAAAAAGUUUACAUUUGGAGACGCCUCCCAGAAAGACACUAAAUUGUCCAACAUUAAAAUAGAACCUCUUAUAGAUUUGAAAGUAGAUCAGGAAAUUGCAACAUUAAAAGGUGAAAUAAUUUUUUAUUUAUAAUAAACUUAUAUAUGUAAAUACGUGUUUGUUAAAAAUAGCUCAUAAAAUGUGACUUGGGGAGAUUGUUAAUCAAACUGCAGAUUGUGCAUAUUAUUAAUUAUGUUUUAUUUAUAAAAUAAUUAUAUGUUAUAUAUAACUUAUAUAUAGAAACAGAAUGGUUAAAUUAAUAACAUUUGUUUUGAAAACUUCACAGAAAACUGUUCUACAACUGUUUGUCAAGCAUCUGUUAAAGUGGAUGUUGACUGUCAAUCACAUUUAGAAGCUGAAAAAAGGAGAUUAGAAUUGGAACUCUCUCAGAAAAAUGAACAGUUAAGAAAGCUGAAAAUGGUCAAAAUGUACAGGGAAAAGGUUUGAAAUUUUGAAUUAUCUGAUAAAAUGUCCAAAUUCUUCCCAUUGAAUGGCUUAUGUGAUUAUAAAACAUAUUUAUUUUCCUUGUUUUUGUAGCAGUGAUGUCCUGAGGUUCCCAAUGUUUUCAUACAGUUUCUUUUGUUUUCGUUCAGUUGAUGGAAACAUUUUUUGUACCUGAAAUUGUUGCAAAUGUUAGCAGACUUACAACAUCUUUCACUUGUCAACUUGUAAUACUGAAUUGACUGAAUAAAUACAAUAUUUUAAAUGACUCUGAUACAUAUAUUCUGUUUAUACACAUACGCAAUUUUAAUUUUUUAAGACUUCCCCUGUUUGAUGUUUCCUACUUUCAAGUAAUGAUUCAAUAAAUACCAGUGCUUGGUAUAUUGAUUGAACAAAUGAUUGGUUAAAAACAGAUGCAAUUUUACUGUUUGAAAAAGUUGUAAAGAUCAGUCGCAGAAGAAACAAUGAAUCCAGAAAUACGUGGAUUGAAAAAUAAAAUUUUAAUUGCAAGUUCUAAUAAAUUGGGGCGAUUCUCUAGGACCGGCCUGCACAACAUACAGCCCAUGGGCCGCAUGCAGCCCGCCAGGACCCACUUUGCAGCCCGCGAAGCAAUGAAAUAUUUUUUAUUAUUAUUAUUAUCUUAAAAGCUUUCCCCCCCCUGGUCCUAUUUUCUUUCGGCCCGCACAAGUUUUUCUUAAAGUAUUACGGCCCACCUUACAUUUUGAGUUGUGCAGGCCUGCUCUAGGAACUUAAAAUAAGCUAGCUAACUGAUGAAAUUAUUAUUAUAAUUACUUUUUUUAGAAGUUUAUUAUUUUUCUUCAGAAUAAUCUUACUGAGCUUCAAGUUUUGAUAGAUACAUGGAGAGAUGUGUCUCAAAGAGCUUUAACAGAUUUGCUGGAACGUCAUCCAGAACCAAAACCCACAAUGUCUCAACUUAUUGCUCAAAUGCAGAUUGAUACAGGGCUAAUUGCAUAUAAUACUGAGGAAGAAGGAUUCACUUGAAAGUUAAACAUUUAUUGGCAUAUUCAUUGAGGUUUCUCGCAAGAUUUAAUUAUAUCUUGCUAAUGAAAACAUUUUGCAAGAAUGGCUCUUAUUGUGUUCCAAAUGGCCAUUUUACAUUAAAAUAUGAUAUUAGGAAUACUUGUAAUUUGAUGAAUGUAAUAAACAGUGAAUACAGAUAGCAGUACCGGUAACAGCAAAUGACUCACAUCUCAGUCAGAACACAUAGCAAAUAUGUUGUGUCUUUACAAGUUAAAAUAAACUUUUAAAAUAUGAGUAGUGUUUUAAUUAAUCUCAAAUAAUGUUAAGACCUGUUAAUCUCCAUAAUUUCCUAAUUUUAUAUGUAAUCAUUUUCAAACAGACGUUUCUUUAAGCUAAUAAUUACUAGUUUUAUUGAAAUAAUUUUACAGCUUAUUUUAACUGUACAAGUUAAUAGUUAAUGUCUUUAUUUUCCCUUUUUUACGUGUGGAAAACUUAUAUUAGACUGAAACUGAGGUUUAUUUUCAUAAAUUUUACAAAAUGCUUUGUUGUCUAUUGUGAAGCAUAUGACGUAUGAUUAUUUUUAUGACUCAUUAUUAUGUUUGUUAUGGAAAUUACUUUUAGAUAUAAAGUUCUUUCAUUUGAAUUGCUAUUGAAAUUUUUUAUUUAAUUAUAUUAUAAAUUUGAAUUUAUUGCUCUUUAAAAUAUUAAUAAAACUAAAACAAUUAUUUUAACGUUUCCGUUCAGUGUUUGUCUUUUAAAUUUAGAAAAAAAAUUAGCAUCCAAUCAGCUGUUG